AAUCAACACCGCUAAACGACCUAUUUAGUGCGCUAACUGUAUUUAAUCGAAAAAAGUUACCCCAAUCAACGGUUCCUGUUUGUUUCUUAGUGUGAGGGCAGUAGUCAUCUGCUUGAUGAUGAAUCGAUGAUGGAUUUGUGUAAAGGACAGAAAAUUAUCAUACGACAGUUCUUGAUCCUCAAGAAUCUGGGAGAUGUUCCUGACCAGGUCAGCUUGGAACAUGUUAAAGAUAUGCUGUUGAGAGUGAAAGGAUUCGAACCAGCACCUCAACAUGUCCUCAGUCGUCCUAUGCUGGAGGAGAUUGAGGAAAAGGUCUUUACAGAACUGGAGAAGGAACAACGUCUCUCUAAGCAGUUUGGGAGGAAGGUCACCUUGGAGGGACUUGAGAUGUUCCUGUGCAUGAUCAGGCCAUCGGCCGAAGCUAAGGUCAGGAAUCUCCUCCUCCCCCUGUUUUCCAACCUGGCGUGCAGCGCCGUGCAUGACACGAAGGGCGAGCGGGAGUCAUCUCCACCUGCUGGGGAUGCAGGGUCUCCAAACAAGCAGGUGCCAACAAGCACAGCAACGCUGCUCCAAAGAGCUGAGAAGCUGGUCCCUGAGUUGGUGACAGCUACUCUCAACUACCUCCUGGAGGAUAGAGAAGAGCAGCUAUGGGGAUCCCUGUUCAGCUCUGACCAGCCAGGCCUCACCUCCAUGGAGGGGCCGUGGGCCAAGGCAGCCAUUGUAGAUGUCGUCAGGCUUGUGGAGGAUGCAGCCAGCUCUUUGCUGCCUCCCCAGGACGUCUCAGCAAUGGCUUCCAUCACUCACACAGUGGUGAAGAACAUGGUGGUUGCCAUCUUCCAGAGGUUUGAGCAUGCCUUGACAUCCUUCCAGCUGAUUGGACACGACAGCACGGAAUUUGAUGGUCUGGAUGUGACUCGUUCUGUGACGUCAGCCAUCGUUGAUGACAUGGAGAUGGAAAACAUGGGGACUGAUGUACCUGAGGACUUCUCCAACCAGAUGUGUGAGAUCGCCACCACAGCUGCUACCCCGAAAGUUUCCAUGAAAGAUCUUCUCCUGGAAGCAGCUACAGCUCUCAAGAACAACAACAUCAGCGAAGGCUUAAUAGUGGAAGAUGGCCUUCCUGAGGCUGCCCUCGAGAUGUCUGCCGAGGCCAGAGGUCCUGAGGCUGCCCUCGAGAUGUCGGCCCAGGCCAGAGGUCCUGAGGCUGCCCUCGAGAUGUCGGCCCAGGCCAAAGGUCCGGAGGCUGCCCUCGAGAUGUCUGCCCAGGCCAGAGGUUCUGAGGCUGCCCCAAAGAUGUCUGCCCAGGCCAGAGGUCCUGAGGCUGCCCUCGAGAUGUCUGCCCAGGCCAGAGGUCAUGAGGCUGCCCCAAAGAUGUCUGCCCAGGCCAGAGGUCCUGAGGCUGCCCCAAAGAUGUCUGCCGAGGCCAAAGGUCCUGAGGCUGCCCCCGAGAUAUCUGCCCAGGCCAGAGGUCAUGAGGCUGCCCCAAAGAUGUCUGCCCAGGCCAGAGGUCAUGAGGCUGCCCCAAAGAUGUCUGCCCAGGCCAAAGGUCCUGAGGCUGCCCUCGAGAUGUCUGCCCAGGCCAGAGGUCAUGAGGCUGCCCCAAAGAUGUCUGCCCAGGCCAGAGGUCAUGAGGCUGCCCCAAAGAUGUCUGCCCAGGCCAGAGGUCAUGAGGCUGCCCCAAAGAUGUCUGCCCAGGCCAGAGGUCAUGAGGCUGCCCCAAAGAUGUCUGCCCAGGCCAGAGGUCCUGAGGCUGCCCUCGAGAUGCCUGCCCAGGCCAAAGAUCCUGAGGCUGCCCUCGAGAUGUCUGCCCAGGCCAGAGGUCCUGAGGCUGCCCCAAAGAUGUCUGCCCAGGCCAGAGGUCCUGAGGCUGCCCUCAAGAUUUCUGCUGAGGCCAAAGGUCCUGAGGCUGCCCCCGAGAUAUCUGCCCAGGCCAAAGGUCCUGAGGCUGCCCCAAAGAUGUCUGCCCAGGCCAGAGGUCCUGAGGCUGCCCCAAAGAUGUCUGCCGAGGCCAAAGGUCCUGAGGCUGCCCCCGAGAUAUCUGCCCAGGCCAAAGGUCCUGAGGCUGCCCUCCAGAUGUCUGCCCAGGCCAGAGGUCCUGCAGUUUCCAUGGAGGACGUUCUCCAGGAACUAGUCAUGGCUCACAAUGAUAAAUUGAUGAAGGCAGUUAUCACUGAGGUCACCUUAGACCAGGUUCAGCCUUCCCCGAGGUCUCCGAAGACCACUGCUGCAUCCAGAUUCUCAAAAGAGACUCUGAGCAUCCUCCUAGAGGUGGAAGCUCCCAAGGUGGAGCCUGAACUGUCAGAUGAGAAACCCAGCGUGGUCAUCGGCUGUGUCCUAGCAACCACUUCUGAUCUCCAGCACCCCAUGAACAUUCAGGUCCUGGGAGAUGUGUGCAGAGACGUGGCAGAGGUGAACCGUGAUGUCAUUCAGGACCUUCCGAAAAAGCGUAAGAAAGGAGGCAUCCGUGGAUUCUUCCGGCGUGUUCGUAAACUGUUUUCCUGCCGCUGCUGUGGCCUCCCAACAGAGGAAGACUAGCACCUUCCCAUGUGGACCAUCUGAGUCAUCACACCAGCUGACCAACACAUUUACAGCUAAUUAAAA